AUGAAGACCUUGAUCCUCACCACCGCUGCCACCCUCCUUCUCGCCGGCUCAUCGGUAGCACCGGUUGCUGCCCAAUCCAACUCCACCUCUAUCCCCAACAACGUCUCUGCUAGCUGUUCCACUUUCCUCUCCUCUCUCAACUCCGACUCUCAACUCGACGCCUGCACCAAACCUCUUCUUGCAGCAACCAGGUUCUACUCGUCCAACAGCACCGACAGCACGGCUCAACUCGACUCGACUCUCUCGGAACUUUGCUCUAGCAACACCGGUUGCGAUUCUAACAUCAUCCGUCAACGUCUUGACCAAUUCUGGCAGAACUGCCACACUGAUCUUCAGUCUAAGAAUGAAAACGUCCAGGCUAUGUACGAUAACCUGUACAUGAUCACUCCUUUGGUCAGCUCAAUGUGUUCUAAGGAUGAGAACGGGGACUACUGCUUGAAGACCAUUGCUAAGGCUGCAGCUUCUUCCCAGCGCGUUGCUCGUCGAUCCCUCCCCACCGCCAAGGAUGAUGAGCAAGACGAGGAGGCAGAGGAGACAGUAGCCCAAUUCGAAAAGCGUCAGAGCGAAAACCUGGACGGAAUCUCCAACGUCGCCGACUCCACCGGUCAUUCCAACACAAACGCAGCUUUCCUCUUUAUCUCGCCCACCUCCCCCAAGAGCAUCCUUUGCUCUCAAUGCACCCAGAACAUCUUGGCAAGUUACAUCAAGUUCGAGACCUCCAUCCCAUACGCGAUUGGUUUGAGGACAAGUGAAAUUUUGGCUCCUCAGAGUGAUAUUUACAAAGCAGCAAAGACCGAUUGCCGAGCCGGUUUCGUAGCAAAGGUCAACAAGAUUGCUAAUACUACUCAGUUUGCUGCCGUGGUUAGUGGUGCCGAGAGUAUUAUGGGUGGAAAGAAGGGUUUGGGGGUCAUGGCUACCGUGGUGGCCAGUGCGGUUGUUGCUGCAGUUGCUAUCUAA